UAUCUUUAAAAAAAAUGAGUGGAAGUAUGUAUGAUUUAUCAGUGGCUACAUAUUCUUAGGAAGGACGUAUAUAUUAGGUAGAAUAUGCAACAAAAGCAGUUGAAAAUUCAGAGUAAUAAAAAUAAAAGUAAUUAGGACUGUGAUUGGAGUAAAAUGUAAAGAUGGUGUGAUAUUGGCAGGAGAGAAAUAGAAGUUUUCUAGAUUAUUAGAAGACAAUACAAAUAAAAGAAUAUAUAAUAUUGAUAAUUAAACUGGAAUGGCACUAUGUGGUAAAUUACCAGAUGGAAGAAACAUUUUAUAGAGAGCAAAAGCAGAAGCAUCUUAAUAUUAAGAUAUGUAUGCAAUUCCAGCAUCAGCUAAUGUUUUAUCUGAUAGAGUAUCAUAAUAUGUACAUGCAUAUACUAUGUAUUCUGGAGUAAGACCAUUUGGAUCAGCAAGUAUACAUUAUUCUUAUUAUUUAUAGCAUUCAUUGCCAGUUAUAAUACUUUUGAUGGUUAUGAGUUGUAUAUGAUUGAACCAUCUGGGAACAAAUAUGCUUAUCAUGCAUGUGCACAUGGAAAAGGUAGAGCUAUUUGUAAAUCGGAAUUUGAGAGAAGAAAUUUUAAAGAUCUUACAUGUUAAGAUGCCUUAGUUUAUGUUGCUAAAAUGUAUAUAUAUUUAUGUAGUAUUAUCAGGUUAAUAUUAUCACAUGAAGAAUUCAAAGAAAAGAAAUUUGAAUAUGAAAUCACAUGGAUUAAUGAUAACAAUGGUCGUAAACAUUAAACCGUCCCUCAAGAUUUCAUUAAUAAUGCUGUACAAUAAGCUGAAUAAUUAAUUGAAUAAGAUUAAAUUGGAGAAUGAUCAUAUCUACAUAAAAAAAGCA